CUUCUCCCUCGUCUCUCUCCUCAUUCUCGCUCUGCCUCUCUCUCUCUCUCUCUCUCUCUCUAAAAAUGACUCCAUACAAUCCACUCCUCUUAUCUUUAAUCGCAAUCACUACAAUCAUUCUGACCAAAGCUUCUUCUGACCACUACUUGUCCUACUUGGAACCGAGCUGUGCUGCUACCGCCAUAACCAACCCCAACAACCAAACCGCUCCGCGGCGGCUACCGGCGGCGCUACAACCGCCGCCGCAGGUAUCAGACUGUGCCGUUCGGAGCGAGGCAUGCUCGGCGGAGGUCCUGAGGUUCGCGAGGCGGCCGGAGAAUCUCCGGUGGCUGGAGGGAAUCCGGAGGAGAGUCCACGAGAAUCCGGAGCUCGCUUUCGAGGAGUUCGAGACGAGUCGGCUCGUCCGCGGCGAACUGGACGAAAUGGAAGUUAAUUACCGGUUCCCGCUGGCCAAGACUGGAAUCCGGGCCGAUAUCGGCACCGGAGGCCCGCCUUUCGUGGCGAUCAGAGCCGACAUGGACGCCCUCCCGAUACAGGAAGCGGUUGAAUGGGAGCACAAGAGCAAAGUUGCCGGGAAGAUGCACGCUUGCGGCCACGAUGCGCACGUGGCCAUGCUGUUGGGGGCGGCCAAGAUUUUGAAGAGUCGCGAACAUCACUUGAAGGGAACAGUGAUUCUGCUCUUUCAGCCGGCAGAGGAAGCCGGAAACGGCGCGAAACGGAUGAUCGGAGAUGGGGCGCUGGAAGAUGUUGAUGCCAUAUUUGCGAUACACGUGUCCCAUGAGCAUCCGACCGGAACAAUUGGGUCGAGGCCCGGCCCUUUGCUGGCGGGGUGCGGUUUUUUCAGAGCCAUAAUCAGGGGAAAACAGGGCAGCGAGAGAAAUCCUCACCGCUCUGCUGACCCUGUGCUGGCCGCCUCUGCCGCAGUGAUCAGCCUUCAGGGGAUCGUGUCUCGUGAGGCAAAUCCUCUUGAUUCUCAGGUUGUAUCGGUAACUUCCUUCAACGGUGGUGAGAACAUUGAUGGGAUUCCAGAAACAGUCAUCCUUGGAGGGACUUUCAGGGCUUUCUCCAAUGCAAGCAUUAGCCAACUUCUCAAGAGAAUAGAGCAGGUAAUUGUGGACCAAGCCAGAGUUUUCAGAUGCUCGGCAACGGUCGACUUCUUCGAGAAUGAAUACACAAUCUACCCUCCCACGGUGAACGACGAGCGGAUGUACGAGCACGUGAGGAAGGUGGCAGUGGACCUAGUGGGCGCGGAGAACUUCAGGGUGGUUCCGCCGAUGAUGGGCGCCGAGGACUUCUCCUUCUACUCGGAGGUUGUUCCGGCAGCCUUCUUCUACGUGGGAAUAAGGAACAAAACGCUGGGUUCGACGCACUCGGGGCAUUCCCCUCACUUCAUGAUCGAUGAAGAUGCUCUGCCUGUUGGUGCUGCAGCUCAUGCUGCCAUUGCUGAAAGAUAUCUCGACGAACACCAACGAUGAGAUUGAUGACGAACCAACAAACUAUUGGAAAAUUUAUACCCAAAGUCAAGGGGAAUGUACAUAAGGAAAAUAGCAUCACCGAAUAGGAACUAGCAAAGGCUGCAGAGAUUGUGACCUGUUGUCGAGCCGAGUAAUAGAUUGUUGGAGCUAGCUUGAUUGUUUACGAUUUGGGAAAUAUGAAACGGUCUCGAAACCCAAUAGUUCGGUAUCAUCAUAAACUAAAGAGCUUAAGAUAUAUGACGAGACAAUCGCAAACAUGCCCUUAACAAGUUGGGUCUUUUCGACGCUGAA